CCAGUUGCAGAAAGGUAGUCUUUGUACCUUUCCUUCACAAGAAAAUAAUCCAUUAAAGCCUGUAUAGGCCUUUCUCCUCUUUUGCACAAAUACAUUCCGCCUUUUGAAGACUGUAGCUGCUUUUUCUUUUGCCUUCACAGCUUCAGCAUUCUGAGCAAUCUGUUAAAGGCUGUCUAUCUCCUCUCUUUGUGCACAAAGCUUCAGAGCAAUCUGUUUUACCCAACUCAUAUCUUGUUCAAAUUUCAUUUACCUGCUUCCCUCUUUCAUACGCUCAGUAACACAAAAAUGGGCAACACUUCCUCCUGCUGCUGCUCAUGCUCUGCCCCCCAACAGGAUUAUCAAGAUGUUAUUAAUGAACUGGUCACAGUGAAAGAGAUGAGACACAUUGAAGAAUUGAUUUCUCAUAUCGAUCAGCUAUUGAAGAGCAUUGACCAGGGAAGCACUAAUUCAAUUGCCCUUGAGAAGACGGACCUGGGUUUAUUUAUCACUUCUGGUGGUACUUUACUGGAGAAGAUAUUGAAACGAUCUUACAGACAUAUAUGCAAGAGGGUUACCAUGCCAAUGCUUGACCAAGAAACUCGGAAAUUGGUGAUUGAUAUAACAAAAGAAGCAGCGCAAAUUCAGUGGGUGGGAAUAGUGCUUUCAGUUGUAGGUUUCGUGUUGGAAAGAAUUGAGCAAGUUUCUUCCAACAGAGAGGAAUGUAUAGAGCUGCUGAGACACAUGUGUAACCUUGCAAAAUACAUCAAGCAGUUGGAUCAUCAUUUGCCUGAGGAGAAGCUGAAGCGGGUUAUUCAAUUCGUUGUGGAAGGUUCACUACUGUGCAUAUCGCAAAUGCAAUCUCAUGCGCUCCACAAGUUUUUCGCUGCUCCUGUUGCGGCAGAAGAUUUGCAGAGAUUACAAAGACAACUUAGGCAAGAGUACUCGGAGCUCUCAUUGGAGGCGAUAAUCGCCGUCUUGAAUAGUAUUCCAGUUGUGUUACCUCCCUCCCAAGGGAAAUCGCCCCGGGCAGGUACUAUAUUCUCUUUUAUUUGGGCUUCUGUAUUUUAA